AUGUCUGGAAUGGAAGGCCUGAGUAUCGUUGCAAACGUUAUUGCCGUGGUUGACCUGUCUCUCAAAGUCAUCUCGUGGUGCUCCAAGUACGCUCAAGACGUGAAAGACUCCAGCGACGGCCGCGCCCGGCUCCUGCAGGCAGCUAUCACCUUGCAUUAUGAGUCCGGAAAAACCCACGACCUUCUCUCUAGCAAAAGAGGCAAUAAACUGAAAGCAUCUCAGAAGCUUGCCCAGGCUAUGGGAAGCAGUGAAGUUCAGUUACGCGAGCUCGAAACUCUACUCUCGGAUAAAGCCAGCUGCUCAAGUCUUAGGUGGCCGCUACGCAAGGAAAAGGUCGAGAGUGCUAUUAGAAACAUCGAGAAUGCAAUAAGGACCCUAUUAGAAGUCCUUCAGAUUGAUACGACAAGAGUUAUUCUUGACAUCGACGAUAGGACGGAAGCUGGUCAGCGAAGGGCAGCAAUAGACCAGUUGCCAUACGUUAGUGAUGCGGCCUGGGACUCACAUGCUGAGGAACAUAACGCAACUUGUCUGAAGAACACUCGGAUAGAUAUUCUACAAGAUAUUAAUGACUGGGUCGAAGAUACAGCCGAUCAGGCGAAAACGGUGUUCUGGCUGAAUGGAAUGGCGGGAACUGGAAAGUCCACCAUUUCACGCACGAUUGCUCGCUCUCUAUUCGAGACCAAGAGACUCGGCGCCUCGUUCUUCUUCAAGCGUGGAGAGACUAACAGAGGGAGCAUCUCCAGAUUCGUCCCGACAAUCGCGCGUCAGCUUGUGGCGAAUCAACCAGUCCUCGAGCCUUAUAUCCACGAGGCAGUCCUCCACGAGCCAUCUAUUACUAGCAAAGCCGUCAGAGUUCAAUUUGAAAGACUCAUUAUGGAACCUCUUUCUCGAUGUCCAAACGAUUUCCACAAAGACACCCCAAUCGCUAUCAUCGUGGAUGCACUGGAUGAAUGCGAGUCGGAUGCUGAUAUUUAUCUCAUUAUCAACCUAUUGUCUGGCACACGAAAGAUCCAAAGACCAAGGCCACGGAUAUUUGUGACGAGCCGCCCAGACCUCCCCAUCCGUUUGGGUUUCAAUGAUGUACAGGGGACUUAUCAAGAUCUUAUCCUUCACGAAAUACCUGCUCAAGUGAUAGAACACGAUAUAACAAUAUUCUUGGAGCACGAAACAGAGCAGAUUAAAAAACGAUGGAACCAUUCAGUUGCUGAGAUACGAAGAUUGGCAACCGACUGGCCUGGAAACGAAUGCAUUCGGCUACUCACAAGAAGGGCAGCACCCCUUUUCAUUGUGGCUGCGACCGAAUGCCGCUUCAUAGCCGAUCGAAGGCACGGUAGCCCCGAGGAGCAGCUGCAUAGGCUCCUGAAUUCGUCAGCUGAUAGCACCUCAUCUCAAAUGGACCGUACUUACGGAUCAGUUCUAAGUCAGCUGCUUGGUUCAAAUUGUUCCAAGCGCAAGAAGGAAGCGAUCAUUCACGAGGUCAAACGAAUAGUCGGUACAAUCAUUAACCUCGCUAGCCCACUAUCAUCAUCCGCACUUUCGAGGCUUGUGAAAAUCGACCAGAAAACCAUUGACACUAGACUGGAUUUUCUCCAUUCGGUACUUAGCGUCCCUUCUUCUUCAGAAGCACCUAUUCGGAUGCUUCAUGCGUCCUUUCGUGACUAUCUAAUGGACUUAGACGCCAAAGGGAACCCGUUCUGGAUCGAUGGGAUUAUCUCGGCACAAGCAAUACUAAGGGACUGCUUCCGGGUAAUGGGAAGUCUUAAAGCCGAUAUUUGUCAUUUGGGGCUUCCUGGAACGCCCCGUACAACCUUGAAAGCCGAGUUCAUCGACGCAUGUAUACCUCUUGAGGUUCAAUAUGCAUGCAUAUACUGGAUACACCACCAAAUGGUGGCAGGAGUUGGCCAUGGUGAUGUCAAACGAAUAUUCGAAUUUCUGGAAGAGCAUCUAUUGCACUGGAUUGAGGCUUUGAACCUGCUUGGGAGGGCAUAUCAAAUAACUGGGCUCAUUAAAAAUCUGAAAUCUAUCCUGGAUAUCAAGUCCGAAAGUGACAAGCAGUUGAUCGCCUUCCUUGACGAUGCGAUUAGAUUCGUUGACACGGAUAUGGAGACCAUCAACUUGACACCCCUGCAAAUAUAUUCCUCGGUCUUAGCAUUUGCACCCACGAACAGUGUUGUCCAAAAGACAUUUAGCGCAGAUACCCCCGGAUGGAUGGAAAUUGUGACAGGCAGAAGAUCCGACUGGGAUCCGCGUCUACGUUCAUUCCACAACUAUAGCCACCAGAAUGAGCACGUCAAACUCAGCCAUUCUACCAUGUUUUCUCCAGACUCUAAACUUUUGUGUUCCACGUUUGGGGAAAGCUUGAGGAUUUGGAGCUGUGAUACAGGCGAAUGCAUCGAGGAUCUCAAAACAGACGAAGACCCCCUGAUGGCCGUUUCUCCGAAUGGAAGAUAUCUAGCAGCGACUACAACAAAUGCGAAAUAUCGAAUACGUCUCCUGUCCCUGGAGUCGGUGGGACAUCUUUCUGAGUUGGCACAGGACAAAGCUUUGGGUGCCUUGGCCUUCUCGAAAGAUUCUGCGCUCCUGUGGACGUGCUCGAUCGAUGGAGAGGUGAAAGUCUGGGAUGUGGAAACGAGAAAGUGUGUGAGAGAGCUCAAAUAUCCCGAGAACUGGGCUCAAACGAUCAGAUACCCUAUCAAAAUGGACAAAGACCUUUCAUGGAUUGACGAGGGUCAACUAACCUUUUCGAUGAACUACAAACCAGUUUUGCUACUUUCAGAAGGAGAGACUCAUGCGCACAUUCUGUUUCUUGAAAGUGGCGAAGAAAACCUAUCUUUUGAUAUAGAAAUAUCUUGCAGUGAUGUAAGUGAUCCCAUUCGUUUCUCACCCAAUGGGAAACUAUUGGCCGCUCCCUCAGCUCAUGGCUCAGUAAUUAUGAUCUGGGAUCUCCGGACUCGGGUGUGUCUAUGGAAAUUGGCCAGAUAUGAUUUUUCUUAUACCGAGGAUUUGGUGCCUUCAGGUUCUCUCACGGGGCACUUAUUGUUCUCACAAGACUCGGGACUUCUAGCGAUAGCCUACCGCGAUAGAAAGAUACUGGUCUGGGAUAUGCAAAGCGGGGACUGCUCAGCAAAACUUGCUGUCAACUGCUCGACUCACCUACCCGUUAUUGCGUUCUCCAGUGACAAGGAAUUUCUCCUGAUAGCAAAUGAGAUAGAAGUGGGAUUUCGCGACCACAUCGAGGCCUGGAACUUGAACAAAGGGUCUCGCAUGGCAGCGACCAGAUGUCACAUGGACAAUAUUCAAUAUUUGUUGUUUUCUUCCGACGGGAAGAGUUUCGUUUCAGGGCUAUUUGGUGGUGAGAUAAAACUAUGGGACUGGCCGAGCUUCCUUGGAGAGUCUCUAGAAGACGCCAGGGAAAUGGAAUCCCUGGUUCUAUCGCCUGAUGCAUCAAUAGUAGCAGCAUGUUAUGGUGGCAACGAACUGAGAACGUGGGAUGCUGUAACGGGCGAGAUGCUCCAAGAGCUCACCACUGGGCUCGCACUCUCCAAUAUAUUUUCGCUGUCAUUCUCCCCCAAUUCUUCAUUCAUAGCAACAGCAAACACUUCGAAUGCUGCAGCAGUAUGGAACGCACGCAAUGGCCGCUGUGAAUGGCAGUUCAGCGGAUCCUCCCAAAAUAUUCAAGUGCAGUUUUCUCCAAACUCACAACGCAUAGCAGUAAGUCAUGAGGGUCCGGAGUCUGGUUACAGAAUCGAUGUCUGGAAGCAUGCCAGCGGGAGCUUCAGUCUCGAAUACACCCGGGACAAAGCUUGGGGCGACUUCUUUAUGUUUUCCCAGUGUGGAAGCGUGCUCUUCCUUGGGCAUUUGUCGGGGAAAUGGGGAUUUCAUUGUGCCGCAGGUAAACUAUUGCAUGGAAUACACAUGGACCCAACACAAUCAGAAGCACUAUCGAUGGCAAUUUCAGGAGAUUCUUCCGUCCUUGCCCUGGGGUUUAGAUUCCAGGUUGAGGUCUGGAAUCUGGAGUCAAUGAGAUGCAUUAAUCGAUGGAAGUCUAAAUUUGGUGCCAAUUUGUCAUUCUCUUCAACAGGAACCCUUUUAGCUGGUGGAUCAGGUCAAACAACGCGAAUCCGGGAUUACAUAACGGGGGAGGUGGUCGCGGACAUUGAAUUUGCUGAACAAGACCGGGAGAUGCACAGCUUUCUGCCAGACAACUCUGGAAUACGCACCAACUACGGAGAUAUCGUUCUUAGCUCAAGUACAGUCCCCCAACAGCAUCUCGCGCCGAAAUUCGGACUCAAAGACAGGUGGAUCCAGUGGAACGGGCAUAAUUUGAUUAAACUUCCAGUCGAUUUGUCAGGGGUUGAGACUGCUGUCGCAGGAACGGCUUGCGAACUCACUAUUGCUUUUGGGUGUAGCUGGGAGAGGGUCGUUAUUCUCAAACUCUCAGAAGACAAAGAGCUACUAAAACUGCUUCCUCUCCUUGAAGAGACUACACAUAUCGCCUAG